AUGGCGCGUACAAAACAGACAGCUCGUAAGUCUACUGGCGGCAAGGCUCCCCGCAAACAGCUGGCUACCAAGGCUGCCCGCAAGAGCGCCCCGGCUACCGGCGGUGUGAAGAAGCCUCACCGCUACAGGCCGGGCACCGUGGCUCUGAGAGAGAUCCGGCGCUACCAGAAGUCCACGGAGCUUCUGAUCCGCAAACUGCCCUUCCAGCGGCUGGUCCGAGAGAUCGCGCAGGACUUCAAGACCGACCUGCGAUUCCAGAGCUCGGCGGUGAUGGCCUUGCAGGAAGCGAGUGAAUCCUACCUUGUAGGGCUGUUUGAGGACACGAAUCUGUGCGCCAUCCACGCUAAGCGUGUGACCAUCAUGCCCAAAGACAUCCAGCUGGCUCGCCGCAUUCGUGGAGAGAGGGCUUUUGCUCUCAUUUUUGGACAAACUCGUCUGAAGAUGUCUGGCCGUGGAAAGCAAGGAGGGAAGGCACGCGCCAAGGCUAAGACGCGAUCAUCUCGGGCUGGGUUGCAGUUUCCAGUUGGUCGGGUCCAUCGUCUUCUUCGUAAGGGGAAUUAUUCUGAGCGAGUAGGCGCUGGAGCUCCGGUGUACUUGGCCGCCGUGCUGGAAUACCUUACUGCGGAAAUCCUGGAAUUAGCUGGCAAUGCUGCUCGUGACAACAAGAAGACUCGCAUCAUUCCCCGACAUCUUCAGCUGGCUAUCCGUAACGACGAAGAACUUAAUAAGCUGCUAGGUAAAGUCACCAUUGCCCAGGGUGGAGUCCUGCCCAACAUCCAGGCUGUGUUGCUGCCUAAGAAGACUGAGAGUCACCACAAACCCAAGGUCAUGGCUCGUACUAAGCAAACCGCACGGAAGUCUACUGGCGGCAAGGCACCCCGCAAACAGCUCGCUACUAAGGCUGCUCGUAAGAGUGCUCCAGCUACCGGCGGCGUAAAAAAGCCUCACCGCUACAGGCCGGGUACUGUGGCUCUUCGUGAAAUUCGCCGUUAUCAGAAGUCCACUGAGCUGUUAAUCCGCAAGUUGCCCUUCCAGCGGCUAGUGCGGGAGAUCGCACAGGAUUUUAAGACUGACUUGCGGUUCCAGAGUUCCGCCGUGAUGGCUUUGCAGGAGGCUAGUGAGGCCUACCUUGUGGGGCUAUUCGAAGAUACAAACUUGUGUGCCAUUCAUGCCAAGCGAGUAACUAUCAUGCCCAAGGAUAUUCAGCUAGCUCGCCGCAUCCGCGGAGAGAGGGCAUAAGGCU